UAUUCCAGCUGCUUUCAACUCGAGUCUACAAUCUACAAUGCAUGUUGUUGUGAAAACAAUUUUAUUUGAUAUUUUGUAUUAAUAAUCGCAUUUUUUGCGAAAAUGCGGAGACAAAGUCUUUAUUCCUUAUAAUCUGUAAUGGGACAUACAGUUUUAAGUUAUUAUUUUUGUUAUUUUAAUUGAUUUACAAAGUGGUAUAAUAAUGGAAAAAGCGAAGGUUGCGUUUACUGUUCUAGUGUUAUAUUUUUUUGUAACGACGGAAACUUCACGUGUUACUGUUUACCCUGGUGAUACUUUACCUCACCAUGGUCGCUGUGAGCCGAUUACUAUUCAGUUUUGUCAACAAAUAAGAUAUAAUCAAACCAUAUUUCCUAACAUACUGAAUCACGCUAAACAAGAAGACGCGGGGCCUGAAGUUCAUCAGUACACACCUUUGAUAAAAGUUAACUGUUCACCAGAUCUGAAAUUCUUCCUGUGUUCGGUAUACGCGCCCGUGUGUACGAUAUUAGAUACGCCCAUUCCCCCGUGUCGACAUCUUUGCGAAUCGGCCAAACAAAAUUGUGACGAGAUAAUGAUAACAUUUGGAUUUCACUGGCCUGAACAUUUGGAGUGUUCAAAAUUUCCCGUUGCUACUGAUGAAAACGUAAUAUGCGUUGGCGAUAACAAUAUUACUCAUGAAUCUCGAAAACACACUGAAACUAAGCUUCCUAAAGUGAACUUCAAGAACAAUGAAAAGGACCCAACAAAGCUUCAUGGAGCUAAGGAUUAUGGAUUUGUAUGUCCUAUACAGUUCAAGGUGCCGAAAAAUUUGGACUUGGAGUAUUCACUUAAAGUUGGGGAUAAAGUUGAAAAUGACUGUGGGGCACCAUGCACUGGCAUGUUUUUCAGCCAGGAUGAAAAGAAUUUUGCUCGAUUAUGGAUUGGUAUCUGGGCAACAUUGUGUACUGUAAGCUGCCUAUUCACAGUUUUGACCUUUCUCAUUGAUACAGACAGGUUCAGAUACCCAGAAAGGCCUAUCAUAUUUCUGUCAGUGUGUUACCUGAUGGUAGCUGCAGCAUAUGUUAUGGGCUGGAGUGCAGGGGACAGCGUUAGCUGCCAAGGACCAUUUCCAUCAACUAUAAGUGGUGCAAGAUUACCCAACAUUUCAGUAAUCACACAAGGAACCAAGCAUGAACCUUGCACAAUACUCUUCAUGGUGGUUUAUUUUUUUAGUAUGGCAUCGAGCAUUUGGUGGGUCAUUCUGACGCUGACUUGGUUUUUAGCCGCUGGCCUCAAGUGGGGCCAUGAGGCUAUAGAGGCAAACUCUCAAUACUUCCAUUUGGCAGCAUGGGCUGUGCCUGCUAUCAAAACCAUAUCAAUAUUGGCGAUGGGAAAAGUUGAUGGUGACAUCCUCUCUGGUGUAUGCUAUGUUGGACUGUGGGAUGCUGAAGCAUUGCGAGGAUUUGUUCUAGCACCACUCUGUGUGUACCUAGUUCUUGGAACUAUUUUCUUGCUGGCAGGCUUUGUGUCACUGUUCCGCAUUAGAACAGUUAUGAAACAUGAUGGUACUAAAACUGACAAACUUGAGAAACUAAUGAUACGUAUUGGCGUGUUUGGGGUCUUGUAUACAGUGCCAGCAUUAAUAGUGAUAGCAUGUCUAUUCUAUGAACAAGCUAACUUCGAUGAUUGGAUGGUGACAUGGCACCGUGAUAUGUGCUCUGUGCCCCUGUAUUCUAUUCCAUGCCCAUUCACACGUAGAGAAACAGACAGACCGAAAUUUGAAAUGUUCAUGAUCAAGUACUUAAUGACUAUGAUUGUAGGAAUAACUUCCAGUUUUUGGAUAUGGUCAGGGAAGACAUUAGUUUCCUGGCGCCAAUUUUUUGAUAAAAUUAAGGGAAGAAGAGUUGAAGCAUAUGUGUGAAUUGCUUUCAAUUGUCUCAUUUGCAGCUGAAAUAGUAGGUACAUUUCUUUCCCGCCGUCAGUGAGGCAGCUAAAACAAUAAGGCAGCUAUUAACUCAAGCACUGAGAUUACUCUUCAAUAUUUUUUGAAAUUCAAUAUAAGGCUGAUAUUGUAAAUAGUUUUUCUCAUUUAUAAUAAUUGUGUCUUAGGUUUAAGAUUAUUUUUUGUAAUUAUUUUUUAAUAAUAGAAUAUCAAUCAAAAUAAAAUCAUUUGUAUUUUUAA